GUUGUGAAACACAAGAUUUCUCGCCGGGGGCGGUCCCGGCCCUCCGCGUGGCGAUGAUCGAGUCCUUUCUCUCUCCUUUCUCUCUCUGCUUCUCUCGAGAGUUUGAGUCCAACUCGAUCGCCUCGACCUCCCAAAAACUUGUUUUCUGAUUCAGGCUGCCAUCCUGUGCCUUCCGCGCCCGUUGCACUGCAAGUUGAAGUUGCAGUAUUUGGCACGCCUCAGGGUCAAUCUUGGCUGUUCCGCUUCCUCGCCCGGGCACGAUGGUGGCCGCGCAAAACGGAGCUCCUGCGGAGAUCAAGUACACCCAGCUGCUCAUCGAUGGCAAGUGGGUCGACGCCGUGUCAGGCAAGAAGUUCCCCACUAUUGACCCCCGGUCUGAGGAGGUGAUUGUCGAGGUGGCCGAAGCGGACGCUGCGGAUGUGGACAUUGCGGUCAAGGCUGCCCGCAAGGCAUUCGAUGAGGGGCCCUGGCCAAAGAUGCCCGCCAGAGAGCGCGGCAAGAUCAUCUGGAAGCUUGCGGAGCUGAUUGAGCAGAACGUGGAUGAGCUGGCCAGGCUGGAGACACUGGACAAUGGCAAGCCGCUCUCCAUUUCGCGGGCGGUGGACGUCCCGCACGUGGUCAAGCACUUCCAGUACUUCGCAGGAUGGGCUGACAAAAUCCAGGGCAAGACGAUACAGGCGGACGGCCCCUUCCUGGCCUACACUCUACACGAGCCCAUCGGGGUUGUAGGCGCCAUCAUCCCCUGGAAUUUCCCGCUGGCCAUGUUUGCUUGGAAGGUGGCCCCGGCGCUGGCAUGCGGCUGCACCAUCGUACUCAAGAGCGCAGAGCAAACCCCGCUCACCGCACUCUAUGUAGGACAGCUGGCGCUGGAGGCUGGCGUCCCUCCCGGCGUGCUGAACAUCCUCUCCGGCUAUGGGCCGACUGCGGGUGCCGCGUUGGCACGCCACCUGGACGUGGACAAGGUUGCGUUCACUGGGUCCACGGAAGUCGGCCAGAAAAUCAUGACCAUGGCCGGGGAGACCAACCUCAAGCGCGUGACGUUGGAGCUGGGCGGCAAGUCACCGUUCAUUGUGUGCGAGGAUGCGGACCUGGACGAGGCAGUCGAGCUGUCGCACUUUGCGCUUUUCUUCAACCAGGGGCAGUGCUGCUGCGCGGGGUCGCGCACGUUCGUGCACGAGAGCAUCUACGACCAGUACGUGGAGAAGGCGGUGGCGCGCGCGCAGCGGCGCAAGGUUGGGGAUCCGUUCGAGGCGGCGAGCGAGCAGGGCCCGCAGGUGGACGGCGAGCAGAUGACCAAGAUCCUGGGCUACAUCGCGGCCGGCCAGAAGGAGGGCGCCAAGCUCGCCACCGGCGGCAAGCGCGUCGGCGACAAGGGCUUCUACAUCGAGCCCACCAUCUUCACGGGCGUCGCGGACGACAUGAGCAUCGCUAAGGAGGAGAUCUUCGGGCCCGUCAUGUGCGCCUUCAAGUUCAAGACGCUGGAAGAGGUGGUGGAGCGCGCGAACCGCAGCUGCUACGGCCUGGCGGCGGGCAUCUUCACCAAGAACCUGGACACGGCGCACUACCUCUCGCGCGCGCUGCGCGUGGGCACCGUGUGGAUCAACACAUUUGACAACUUCGAUGCCUCCAUCCCCUUUGGUGGCUACAAGAUGAGCGGGAUUGGGCGGGAGCACGGCGAGUACGCACUCGAGAACUUCACGCAGGUUAAGGCUGUGGUCACGGCCCUCAAGAACCCAGCGUGGGUGUGAGGCUCGAGCUCCCUACUCCCGGAUGUCCACGGGAGCGCCCUGCUUCGCAAGUCUGCAGGAAAGGUUGUGAAAAACUCACAAGACCGCAUGCUAGGGGAUGUCCACAAUGAGGCCUUAUUGCGAGAGGUGCGUCAAACUUCGUUGUCAGGAUCAGUCCAGUCUGCAGCCGGUUUUGCGAGUUUGAGUGGAGCAGGCUUUCCUUCACCAAGUAAAAUACCUGUUGACUUUUCGCUUGCGUUAGCUUUUCACGGGUUGUCCGUUGGUCUUCGCUCUUCACGGGUUGUCAGCGUUCGUAUUCGCGGAGAAUAGAUUUGCUCCCAUGAGAAGCAAACGUUUGGGCGAAUUAGGAGCGUUAGACCGGCAGCUGGACCGCAACGUACAUAGCGCGAGAGGAUGUAGGUGACGAACUUUUGUUUAGUGUAGAAAGUCGGUCACUAACUCACGUGUUCAAAGCGAUUGAAGAUCAGCAAAACAGGUUGUGUAAGUGGUGGUAGAUUCUACUUUUGUUUCCUCGGUUACCUCCGUCAAUAUGUCAAUGACAGUACUGACGCAUGCACAUGCUGAGGGCUAGAAACUUUCUGUCAAGUGACAGCUCACUGGCUUGAGUGCACUUUAUUGGCCGCAUAGUGUUUACACGAUCAGUUGCGUGCGUCGAUUAUUCGAACGAACCCACAAUAUGCAGAGUUUCUUU